GAGUGUGCAAAGAAAUUCGGUUACACAUUAGUUGUUAGAUUCAACGUUUUUUAAAAGUUCCCUCGAAUAACCUUAUCAUACACGAACCAAAAGGUUAUAUCUAUAAAUUGGUUCUUUCCUUAUUUACACAAAUAUAUAAGUGAUAUAAGUGAAAAAAUAAUUUAACUCAUACCGGGAAUGUUACCAUCAAUACCUUUUAGGUAUUUUAAUAUACUAUUUUUAUGUUUUCUGAUUUUUUUUUACUUUUCAGAUUCUGUUAUUUGCGUUGACGAAAAUGAACAUAGCUCGUCAAAUAAUGUGCACGUAUGUACCUCUUCAGAAUAUCAAAAUAAGUACCAGAAUUACAUAAAAAAAGAGGAAUUACGUAAAAAGGCUACGAGUGAAGAAUUUGAACUUUCAGAACCUGAAAUACGAGAACAAUUGGAACAAAUUAAUUUGGAAGUAUCGCGUGUAGAUGCGCUUAAAACUUUAACCUUUGGAUUAUUAGAAGUUUUUGAUAACAUAAUUGAUGAGCGUGAUAAUGAUGAUUCAUCUCAAUCGGAUUUUCAAAAAGACAUUUUGAAAUUGAUUUCAACUUUUCAUCAUACUGCGUUAAAAAUGAACGAUACAGCAUUUUUGGAACAAAUUUGGAGUCAAUAUAAUGUCCAUGCAAAAAACAAUAAAAACAAUACUCACGUUUUUAUUCAUAAAUCUCAUGGAGCUAAAGAAAUAGUUGAUGAUGUACUUCAAGAAGUUAGUAAUUCUGCAGAUAGAUUAGAAGAAAAUAUGCGUAGACAUAAUAUUGGUGGAGGUUCCAACUUUCGUGGAUCUCUUGAGACGGUUCUUAAAUUAGAAGAAGAUGAUGAACAAGCUGAUUGGGGUAAUGAAGAUGAACCUCGACGUCGAGGCCAUGUUAAAGCGAUAACAAUCUUGGAUGUAGAUAAUAAUGAAUAUGUCUUAACAAGACCCAGCGAUUUAACCAUGUUUUAUGAAGAUUCUCGAUUAAUUCAAGAUAUAAUUUUUAUAAUAGUUGCAUCAUUUACAUUUGGUUGGACUUUUAGUAUUAUCGGACUACCAGCAUUUUUGGGAUAUAUAAUUGCUGGAGCUGUACUUGGUCCAGCCGGAUAUAACGUAAUUCAGGAACUUAUACAAACAGAAACACUUUCACAAUUUGGUGUUAUAUUUAUAGUAUUUAUGUUAGGUUUAGAAUUUUCGUUCGAUAAACUAAGAUCUAUGUGGAGAUUUGCCCUUGGAAGCGCUUCAUUGAUAUUUACGGCAACUCUUUGUUUCUUCAUUUUAGCUGGAUUUAUUGUUGGUGCAAGCGUAAAUGAAUCUAUUUUUAUAGGAGCAUGUGUAUCGCUUUCGAGCACAGCUGUUGUUGAACGAUUACAAUGUGUAGAGUUAAAACCACUUUACGGCUUGCUUGUAAUGCAAGACAUGUUAUUUGGUGUUUUAUUGGCAGCAUUACCGGCACUAUCAAAGUCAGGAGUAGAUGUUAUAUUGGCUAUAGGACAUUUAUUCUUAUCAUUAAUAAUUUUCGUAACGUUUAGUCUUGCCAUUGCUAAUAUACCAGUUGGAUGGCUUCUAAGUUCGGUUAGAGGGUCCCAUAAUCGAGAACUUUUCCUUUUAGGAUCAAUUUCAAUGUGUUUAAUAAUGUCACAAGUAUCAAAUAUGUUAGGACUUGGAGUUGAAAUCGGAUGUUUUGUAGCAGGAGUACUUAUUCAUUAUCGUAGAUCAAUAUCUGAGUCAUCGAUAAGUGUAGUCGAACCCGUUAGAGAUAUAUUUUCAUGUUUAUUUUUCGCAAGUAUAGGAUUGCAUUUAUAUCCAAGUUUUUUGAUAAAUGAAGCACCAUUAUUAUUUACUUUAACGACGGGAGCAGUUGGAUUUAAAUUUAUAAUAAGUACAAUAACAUUAUUAAUAUGUGAUUAUAGCUUAAAUAAAUCAAGUACGAUGGCAAUUGGAAUAUCACAGAUUAGUGAAUUUACUUUUGUUUUAGGCAGUAAAGCGAAAAGUUUUGGUAUAAUAUCACGAGAAGUUUAUUAUUUAUUAUUAACUGUUACUUCAUUAUCUUUAAUGGUUACCCCUAUUUUAUGGAAUAUUUUAUUUAGAAGUAGAAGAGAUAUAAGCGGUUUUGGUGGUAAAAAUAAAAUGAUGGUAUAAUUGGAAAUAGAUUAUAAACAUUUAUAAAAAAAUAUAUAUAUAUAUAUAUAUAUU